CUCACGGCCUCCCCGCUGCCGUCGGGGUGUGCCGGGCCCGCCUCAGGGCGGGGUCCCUCCGCACCGCCUUGCGUUGCCGCACGUCUGCGGAGCCCCGGGUUGGGUCGGAGAGCACUGGACUUGACAAUUGGAAGAAUCAGAAUAAAACUUAAAAGCCAUGGCAGCACGCUGGAGGAGAAUCCUGAUAGUAUUUGUGGCAGCUCAACUGCUGUGUUUGGUAAAUACCUUUGAGGAAGAUGAGGUACCUGAGGAAUGGAUUCUUCUUCACGUUGUUCAAGGCCAGAUUGGAGCAGGAAACUACAGCUACUUGAGACUAAAUCAUGAAGGAAAGAUAGUACUUCAGAUGCAGAGCUUAAAAGGUGAUGCGGAUUUGUACGUGUCUGAUAUGACUCUUCACCCCAGCUUUGACGAAUAUGAGUUACAGUCUGUUACUUGUGGCCAAGACGUUGUCCACGUACCUGCGCAUUUCCGCCGCCCAGUGGGAAUAGGGAUUUAUGGUCAUCCCUCCCACCAGGAGAGCGAGUUUGAAAUGAAAGUCUACUACGAUCGAACAGUUGUACAGUAUCCGUUUGGCGAGGCUUCCUACAACCCAGAGGAGAUGGAAGCGAACCAGAAAUACUCUCACUCUAACGAAGAUGAAUCUCAGGACGAAGAGUCUGUUUUCUGGACUAUACUUAUUGGAAUCUUGAAGUUAAUACUUGAAAUUCUUUUUUAAAUUGAUACACGAUGGACUAAAUCACAUUUCAGCCUGUGAAAUUGAACGCGAGUAACUUUCUAUAAUAUUUAAUACUCUUUAUUGUUUCCUGAGGAGGUGUUCAGGUUACUUUUCAUAAAUCAGAAGGAAAGUGAUGGGGAGAAAAAAAAAGCCAUAUUUGAUUUUAUAUUAUAAAUUCUUUUCCCUAAGUGUAAAACAAGCAGCGAAUACGGGAUUUGCAGUGUUAUUCAGCGAUCAGGGCUUAAAGAUGAAUGUAGAGCUGGGGAUCAUUAAACAGGUGCUUAGGAAAAAUGAACUCAAUGAUUUUCUGUCGUUGCUUUACAAAGAGUGAAAUACAAACUGCUGCUCUGUAGUGCCCCCUCAAUUUGGAGCAUAUUUAGAAAUACAAUCCUGCUCUUCUGACAGCUUAUCUUCAGUAUAACUUGUUAAGCAGUGGCUUUGAAGCAUACUGAAGCUGAGGGGCAUAGGGCGAAGGAAGGAAAAACCAGUUGUGUAAGGGAAUAGAGGGGCUGUAAUUUGUCUGCUUGUGCUGUACAUCCCAUCAGUCAUCUGUAAGCAGAGGCCUGUCCAGUCAUUCAUCACCCCUACAAAUCCAUGACCUGAAUCAAAUGCGUGUUACUUCAGUAUUACAGUAGGGAGGAUAAGCCUUCAGCUGUUGGUACUUGUCAAUAGAACAUUCUCAUUCCUCAUUAAAAGCAGUGCAGUGUAUAGUAUCUUAAUCCUGAGAGGUAUUUUCUUACAUCUCCCCUUUAUAGCCUUUUUGUGAUUGAUUUAUUAUUUUUUUUAAUGUUUACAGUCUUUUUUUCCCUGUAAAUUUAUAUCAAUAAUUCAUUAUUUCGCAAAGAAACUUUGAAAUGAAUUUGCAGACUGUUGUUAAGAAAGUCAAACUGUGUUCACUUUUCCCCUGAAAGUUCAUCUUUUUGCCUUGUUUGAGUCUUUGGAAAUAACUAAUUGCUAUGCAAACAGUAUGUAUUUAAAUAGCUCUGUAAUUUUCUUUUCACAGAGCUUACAGACGAGUGCACUGAAAUAUACAAGCGUGGUACUAGAAUUUUAUACAAAUGGUGCAUGUGCCAUUUAAAUUGCAUUACGGAAAGGCUUUUUCAAAUAGGAAUUGGACUUUUGAUCUCAGUAGCUAAAACAGGAUGUGAUCAGAGACUUGUCUCACAAAAAAAAAAAUGGUGAUAUAGCCAUAAUUAAAAGUUUAUUUGGUAAAAAGAAAACCGCAGUGGUAUUGUUCCUCUUAAAAGUGGUUGGUUAAAUAGCACCAAGGUAUCGCUUUGAUUUGUGCAGUUAAAUUUUGGAACAGCAAGGGUGUUUAGGGGAGUUUAGCCUUCCUUGCUGUUUUUCACCCUUCUUCCUCCUCUUCUGGGUAUGGGAGGGUCUUUCUGACAACAAUCACAAAUCCAGCGACCUAAGAAAAGAAAGUUAUCAAUUAAUGGGAAACUACCUUGUUUAUGUAUUCACUCAUCUAGUUGUGCACCUUUUAAUAGGCUCUCGGCAGUUGGUAGCACUUCCUUUAAGGUACAAAACCAGCUCUUCUUUAAAACGUUAAGUAUCCUUUCUAAAAGGUACAGAAAGCAGCAUGUAAAAUUCACCAUGCCUUGCAGACUCACUGCAUGUAGCAACUGGUUACUUGAGCGCCUGUGGAUCUCAAGAAGUGCCAGCACUGCCAAGGCAGUGGCUAUUAGGAAAGAAAUGACAAACUAGAAGGUUGGGAGUUGGAUUUUCAUAUGAAUAACCGCAGUUCAAUAUUAGGUGGUUACUCACAGCAGAAAAGAGCGGCAGUUAAAGAAUGUUGCUAUUGUGCUUCAGGGUAGGAGGGCCUGUUUCCCAAACUAAUGUGAGUUAUUUCAGUGCAUUUGGGCAGCACAUUAAAGUGAUGGCAGGGGUUCAACACCAGACCUUGUACUAAAACUCAUUAACUGAGGAAACAGUAAUGAGUUGAGCAAAAAGCUGGAAUAUUAACUAUUUAUAUUACUACAGCUGGAAUCACCAAAGCUGAUUUUACAAGUUUUGUAGGAAUAUUAUCUAUUUUGCUUAGAUUCUCUCCUCAAGUCAGAAUGAAAGUUGAAUCAGCCGCAGAACCUGGACUGAAAUGACAACAAGCUCUAGUGCUUCCCAAACAGGUACGUAUAAUAUAUUUGAGGUAGCAGUUACAGGGAAUACAAGCAAUGCUGCUACCAGUUAUUUCUCUGAAGUUUUCUUUACACUGCCUUGAGUUGGUUGGGAGAUACCAGUGAGCAGGUGAUUUAAAGGUAUAAGCUGCCUGAAAUGUAGGUACCUCACUUCCAGCUUUGACAUCUAAGAGUAAAAAGGGUAAGGAAAAGCGUUUUAAAAGGUGUUUACGAAUACUAUAUUAAGCAUACUUUUUAAUUUAGGAAUUAAAAUAAUAGCACACUUUAUUAAUGUGAAAGCUGUAUUCCAGCAAUACGCAGCAAUACUGGUGUCUUUACAGGUCUCUUUUAUGAAGAGAGGUAAUUAUUCUCAGUAUUCUGUGGAAAUACAUAUUUAAAACCAAAUAGCUUCCAGUGAGUCUGGAUUUUGUUGUAAAAGCCAGUUAUGUUUCCUAUUCAAAAGCUGCCAGGUUAAACUGUGCACAACCAAAUAUACAGAAAUAAAGCCUAUGACAAAAUGAGACACCCUACUGGAUGCUUUCCAGCACUAUUGCUCAUUCUUACCCUUCACACUGGUUUUAAAGCUCUCUCAAUAGCAACACAUCUAUUCUGACAGAGAAUCCCCGGGACUCAGAGGAGGUGAGAAGAGAACAAUUAAAUUCUUUAUUACCUGAGGGAAUAGCGUCAAGCCCCACACAAAAAGUGUGAUAACCACGGUCACAUACAUCACAGAACAUCAUUUCUUCUUCGUGGUGAGGCUGCCCACAUAUAAUGCAUGUUUUACACUCCAUACAUUGCCAAGGGUAAGUCUUAAUCAUAGCAACAAGCUCCGGGGUCAUAUCAAGGCAAGAAGGGUGGCCUAGAUUAAAACCAAUAUCAUUACUAAGUCUGAAAUGAAACGUAAACUUAUUUAGACUGCUUGUACAGAAGCUGAAGCCGAGCUCACCUCCUGGUGAGAUCUGACAGUGCACUGAACAUAUAACAUUAAAUAGGAAGCUUUAAUGAAGGAGAGAACAGGCAAUGGAACCAUUGUACACAAGUACAAAUAUUUCCACCAAAAAUCUGUCAGAGAUACUCCCUUAGGAAUCCAGUUAGUGCAUACAGAUACUUACCACUGUUGUCACACUGGGAGCAAUGUAUAAGAGCUUCAGCUUUUCCUUUCUUGUUGGACUCCUUACCCUUCAGACAAAUUCCACAUAUAGCAUUUGGAAUGACCUUUGGCUGGAAGGGUAGAAGAGGACUAUAAAUUCAUUCCAGAAGAAUUCACAGAUUUAACAGGAAACGUAUCUCCUUAACUCUUAAAAUUAAUGAUUUAUCUGCUGUGUGAACCUUAGUACAUACAACAAUAAUUGAUAAUGAGUGAUGCUUAAAUAAUCCUUGAUUAACUAUGUACAGUUACACACUUGGCAUGUGUGUAGCGAGCACCGUGUAAAUUCAACUGGAGUAGAGCACGUAGUAGCCUUCUUCCUCUGAAUUCAUCAGCUAACAGUCCUCUACAUGUCAAUUACACGAUGUAGCAUUAAAAAUAUCAGGGUUUUUGUAUUUUUUUCCCCAAAAUAGAAUACUUCCUUAUGAACAUCCAUGCAGAUUUCCCCAUGUGGAAUAAUUUAAAUACCAUUUUCCCUUUGUGUUGACUCUAAAUAUACAACUUUAAUUAUAAAAAUCAAUAAACUAGAUUUUUUUAUAUCUUUAAAGUAUCUGAUUAACUAUGUUAUACACUGCUACCCUUCCUUCUUGUGUCCGAUCCUAACUGCAGUAAGAAAUACACACCAUUGUAUCUAAUUAUAGUUUUGUAAUAUUACUAAGAGAUCAUCUGGAGCCUAUUUGGGUGCAUGAGAUGCAUUUAAAAGGUAAGAAAGGAAUAGGAACCUGUUAAAUUGAUUAAUGUUUAUGGAUUAAUUCCGUGUCCCAAACCAAAAGACAAACCAACAGAGUUCUAACCCAAUGAUGAUCAAAGAUACAAGGCAUGACAAUUUUCAGAAACACCUUGAUGAGGACCAAGGAACAACCAGAGCAUUAUCAGCUUCAGACACAUUUCAGCACAUUGUUUUGACCACUGCUUAAUUAAUUUAAACCCAAUUUCUCACUAAUUUCAAUAUAGUCCUCUACUGAUUUUAAUGACUAUCAUCAGUUUUGAAAACUAAUGCUGCUGCAAAGGCACAGCUACUAGAGGGAAUUCAAAGCAUAUCCCAUCUUCUGUGGAACCAAAUGGCUCAUUGGUAAUAAAGAACAGUCCCAGUCAACUACCAACCACUUGUGGGGAGAAGAAUGAAGUUUAAUUAAAAAGAAAUAAAUACAUUAUAUAUAAAAAAGCACUAAAGUAUAUGUUUAAAAACAACAUACAAACAACAAAAAACAGAGAUCUCUUGUAACGCAACUUAUAUUUCAGUGUGUCUAUUGCUCCAGCUAGUUUUAAUUCUAGUACCAAUAUCUAGCCAAAAAGAUAAUAAUGAUCUGAACCCAUAUUUAAGUAGUCAGGACACAUUGCUUAAGGAUUUAUGAAGUGUUCCAUCUGUUUAAGUUAAAACACAGCUACUGUCUCUGAUCUUGACUGGUCUAAAGAGUUUUACCUCAAAACAAAACACCCCACCAUAGCAAUUCUUCAUUGGUAACUUCCUUCAAAAGAUGACAGAGACAUUCAUACAGACUUUUUUUGCUUAUUUAUUUAAAAAAAGCAUAGUCAACCUGUUUUAUACAUAAAUAUAAGAAAACAAUAAAAGAAGUCUAACAUUCACAAAAGUCUCUACAAAGUAAUAAAUAUAAAGGAAGCAAAAACACACAUAAAAUCUUUUGCUGUUAACUAUUCUAUGUGUCCUACAUGUAUACCUUUAUACCCUGCUCCUGUCAACAAAAGUGGCACACGUUGCACCAUCUACCCUUCUGUUGUUUGGCCUACAUCCUAAUUUAUAUCGUGGUUGUGUUUUUAUCUAUUUUCUAAGUAAAUCAAGACUUCCUAGAAUAGCAAGUGCACUUCUCUAAUCAGACUUCUAAUUUGUUAUGAAGUUAUAUCUCGCUGCCUUUAAUAUUCAGCAGCGUACUCCCUUGUACUCCAUCAAAACUAAAGUGAGCUACUUUUCUGGUCACUGUACUUGCAUCAGGGUACGUGCAUUAACACUCUGCUCUAUGUAUUUCUAAAGUCAGACACUGAUACAGGUGCAUUAGUUAAAACUGCUCCCAUCUACGCUUACUUCAUUCACUAAAUUGUGUUUAUUAGAAAUCAUGCAUUUAGGGGAUGGGUAGGAUGGGAAUCACAGCCUAUUCAUAACACAGUUCCAACAGUAUGGAAGUAACAUUUUUGUGUGUUUUGUUGUGUUGUUUUUUUUUUUAAGAAAAAAAAAAAAAAGAAAUAUUUCACAUUUUUUAACAAUUCAAGUUCUGCCACCAUCAGUGGCUUUUAGAAACACCAUGAGGAAGGUGUUACCAAACCCAAAUGGGAGGUCACAAUAUCCGUCCCAUCGAUUAUAUGUUGCUCUGUACAUAUUCAUCUAAUCGAGGUAAUGAAGGGGGAGGAAAAGAAUGCAGGUCAAACAGGUGAUUGCUCUGUCAGUUUUAAUCUCCAUGCUGCUGUGCUGCAGCUCUCAAUGUCAGCAUUCCAACUAUGCCAUUUUUGUAAGGUCUUAUUCUGAACGCAAAGCACUUGCAUAUAUGUAGACCCAAAAUAGAAGUGUUGUAAAAUAUAGUUUACCGAUAUGUUUCAGUUUUAUGUGCAAAAAAAAAAAAAAAAAAAAAAA